AUGGCAGAACCCUCGGUUGAUUUUUUUCUACAUAUGAACGAGGCGAGCCUUAAGACGCCAUUAGAAUUAUUCAAAAAGAAUUUAAAGGAUAUUAACAGAAUCAAUGAGAAGCAACAGGCAACUAUCGAUAGUCAAUUAAAGGCCAUUGAUCGAUCAGAAACCCUCGAGAGCAAAUUGGCUGAUUUGAAAUCUUUAAUUUCUAAUCUUGAUACAUAUCAGAACAAGCUCGAGGAAAAAAUAGUUUUAGAAAAUAAUUAUAAUAAUACUCUAGAAAAGCGAAUUGAGAAAUUUAGACAGUUGAAUGAAUUGAAGAUAGGGAAUACUGGCUAUGAGGCCAGCGCAAAUAAAAACAACUUUUUAGCCAAACAAUUUGGUGAUGGUUACGUGAACCUGGAUUUGACUAGUCUUGACAAUAAUCUGCAACUUAGUGACUGGUUCAAGGAUCAGGUUGAUGUGUUGAUUGCCCAAUAUUUGUUGAAGAUAACGAAUUUUGAUGACUUGCCUAGCACUUUUUUAAAGACGACAAUUGAUUUCCAGGACUUAGAUAAAAAUUCGGAGGAUAUAUCUAAUUAUAUUAAAUCUAAGCCAGCGCUACUAUACCUCCAUAAUUUUGAUAAUUCAGCGUUGGUAGAUUACGAAUUAAUCAUCAGAUCGAAUUUAAUUACACGAGAUGUUUUAGUUAAUCGAACUUCGAAGGAUCUUUUAGGCACCUGGAUCAAAGAAAAUGAGAAAUUCUUGAAGAAAAAUCAAUCGAGCUUGAAAUUUGAAUACUUUUUGACAACAUUCAUAGAGCUUAUCAAAGAUAACGUGUUGAAGAGCGAAAACUUGAUUGAUAUGACCAAUUUCAGUCAUAAUUCUAGCAAUGAAAGCAAUUAUUUGGACGCUCUUAUUUUCAUCAAAAAUGAACUAUUCCAGAUCAAUCGAGAGGAGCAUAAUAAAUAUUUGGAUAAAAUUCAGGCGGCCAUGGGAUUGUUAGCGAUUCCAAAUGCGGUGAUAUUGUUGUUCAUCAAAUAUGAAAGGUUCUUGAUAAAGAAUUUUUAUAGAAAGAAAUAUUGUUUAGGAAACCUAAGUUCUGUGGUAUACUCAAAAAAUCAGUACCUUCACUUCAAGAUUUUGAUAAAGAAAGAUAUGUUUCUCUGGUUCUUAAACCAACUUCCAGUUUCUAAACUGCACAAGCUAACUUUCAAAAAAUAUCUUCUCAACAGAAAUCUUUUCCAAUACUUCAAGUUACUAUCAUUCAAAAGAUUCAACUAUUUAAAUUCUUUAUUCAUAGAUGAUUAUAACCAGCUAUACAAUUUUUCUGCAUCAUCUUCAUCUUUUGAGAAACUAUUAUCAUUAGGACUUAGCGUUUUAAAGACUAGAAAUUGCAUGACCCCUUCAGAUUUAAAAAAGGUGUCACAUUUAUCAAACUUUCAAACUUUGAAUUUGAACAUUGACUGCCAUAAUCAUCAAAAUAUUGAUCAAAAGAAAUCGUCAAACUCAAAUCAGAAAUUAAGGGAAAGACUCGUCAAACUCAAGUCAAAACACUGUACCAUUUGUUCGUCAAUUCAGCUCAUCAAAUUAAGUAGCCAUUUGGUGUUCUCGCACCAUUCAAAAUCCAAACUAAGUUACAAGACUCCUGUACUAUUGCCUAAUAAUAAUAUUUAUGAUAUGGAGGAAUUAUUUAAGUUUAACAAUGCGUUAUUAAUAUCCUUCAAGAAUCACAUUGAAAGUGGCAACACCUGCAGUUUAGAUUUUAUUGAUGAUUAUGAAGGCCUUUAUAAUAAUUUCAAAAAAUUUUUGAAUGAUAAUGGUGACUAUGAUGAUGCUUUUCUACAAAAAUAUGAUAAAAUAGCCGAUCCAUUGACUGGUGAAUUCUUCAACAGUAGCCAAUGUCAGGUCAAAGUUUUCCCUACAUAA